CUUGAAACGACUACCCGGCGGCCCAAAAGCUGAGAAGCAGCCUUGCAGCGCCCCCUGGCGGCCAUUCUGAGGAACGGGCGGCGCCAAUGAUUCCCCGUGGCCUGCGGUCCUUUCUUCUGCCUCCAGGAUUCCAAACAGUUGGAGGUUGGACAGAUUCCUGGGAGGAUCAAGAGAGCCCCGCCCUGGGCAAUGGAGAAGGGCUCCCUCAAAAGCAAAAAUGAAAAAGGAUACAGCCUCAAGGGCAAGGCGUCUGUACACAGCUUGAACAAAGUGAAGCAGACCAAACUCACCGUGGGCAGCCUGGGAUUGGGCCUGAUCAUCAUCCAGAAUGGGCCUUACCUCCAGAUUAGUCACCUCAUCAAUAAAGGGGCUGCAGCCAGUGAUGGGAUACUCCAGCCAGGUGAUGUUCUGAUUAGUGUUGGACAUGCUAACGUGUUAGGAUAUACCCUCCGUGAAUUUUUAAAGCUUUUGCAAAAUAUCACCAUAGGAACAGUGCUACAAAUCAAGGCUUACCGAGACUUUAUUGACAUCCCCCAGGAAUGGCAAGAUGUGUAUGACUUAAUCCCCGAGACCAAAUUUCCAGUCCCACACUCACCAAAGACAACGGAGCAGGCAAAGGAUGGGUCUUUUGUAAGCAGAGAUGACCAUGAAGAUGUAGUUCUAGAUAAAAGACUCAAGUAUUACAGAUAUCCUCGAUCAGUUUGGAAUCACCCCGUAAGGACACCGAUAUCAAUCUCCACAGAAUGGCAUGGAUAUAAAAAGAAGGACCACACUAUUAGUGUUGGGAAAGGUGUUAACCAUGAUGUCGUAAUUCACAAAGAUGACAAGAAAGACCUGAGGGCCCCUUCUCCAUACUGGACAAUGGUGGAGCACGAUAAUGCCAUUUCCUCCUCCUCCUCUGGCGCUUCCUCUAACUCAGAUGCCUUUUGGCUGGAGGACUAUGCACAGGUGGAGCGGGGUGAAGGUCAGCAGGUAUCAAAGUUUGGUUAGGUACUGGUUUGCAAAUCUGUGGCCACAGAAAUUUUUAUUUUUAAAUAUCCAAUUUUUGUGCCUUACCAUGUAUAGGUUUGUAGAAUUCCUACAGCACUUAGCAGCCCUUCUAGGACUACAAAAAAGCCUUCAUAGACCUUCAGUUAAUAGCUCAGGACCUCCUUCCCUGUGGUCUAACAGGUUCCACAGAUCUGUUCUCAGAAGCAUAUCAUCAUUCACUCAGCUUUUAGAAUAUCAAGUAGAGGAACCCAAUCAUCAUGGCUGACCAUUUGUUUUUUAAGGUAAAGUUUUCUUUGUGUUUUGGGCUGGUUGUUUACAUUACAACCGUGCCCCCACCCUUUCAGUGAUACUUUUACUUGGAAUGUCAGGCUGAGAAUUAUUUAAAGGAGACAGGAGAGAAAACUCUGCCGCAGGGAAGCAAAGUCAGACACAAAUGAAGGAUGGUCCUUAGAAACAUAUCUAAUAAAGGGGGCAAAACCCAGACCCUUCACUUGUUGUUAUCCCCAAAUGAGCAAUUUUAAACUUGUUUUUAAUUUAAAAAGCCACCAAUAAUAAUCUGGAACUUUUACUUUCAGAGCUGCCUCAAUUUUAACAGUUUGUCAAAUUUCUUAAUUGAUGUAACUGGUAAACUCAACUACGGUAUUACUGUCUUCUUUAAAGCAUUUAAAGCAAAAAAGUCUCAUCAUAUAAUAAAUAACUGGUGACUGCCUAGAAAGAAUGCAAGAAAAACACUUACACACAAUGCUUUAUUUGUCCUAGGACAGCUGGCAAUAACUAUCCAUAUUUAUGCUUUUAAGUACUUCAUUGAGAAAAGUGUUGAAUGUUAAGUUAAGAGACCUGACUUUCAUGUGUUUGCUGGUCUGGGCUGAGAAAAGGCUCAGCUGGCUCCACUUGAAUACACUUGUUACAGCUCGUCAAGAAAAGGUGUAUGUCCCAAGUUUCCACUUGCUGCCAUUGACUUCUUGCCAGAAACAAACUUUUUUGCAGCCUUAAACAAAACACAGGAAGUUAAAUAAUGCUAUCAUCCAGUAGUAAACCAUGUAUUUUGAGUUUAUGGACAAGACAUUCUAAGCCAGCAAUUCUGUAAUACAGCCUCAUAAGACAAUGAA